AAAAAAAAAAAAUACAUAUAUAUAUACUCCAACUAAAUAAUUUUAAAUUCCUUAGAUAAAUGCCUAACAGUAUUGCUAACAACCAUGUACGUAAAUUAAAAGAAUUAAAGAAAAUGAGAUACUUAGUUCAGCAAGAGCACACAUAUCUUAAAAAUACUCACGACUAUGUCAUGAAUGAAUUAAAAUCUGAGUCUACAACAAUACAAUGCAACAUAGAAAACUACGAAUUCCAUAUACAAGAAAAGGAAUUAAAACAAUUAGAAAAUCAGCCUUUGUAUGUUAUACAUAACUUUAUGACGAAUUAUAUAGAAAUCAUGAACAGAUAUUUUUUGAAGAAUACAGAUUUAUUCCCCCUAUGCUACGAGAUAUUUAGUAAAAACAAUAUCCUUAUUAAAAGUAUAGGACACAAUGCACACAGAACGAUUUAUUUAAUGAACGAAUACAACGUACAAGUUAAUUGGGAAGAUAAUGAUAAAGGUACUAUGCAGAAUUUACAAGAAAAAUACGAAAACGCACAUAAUCUCAAUUGGAAGGACAAUAAUCUGAAAGAUAUUAAAAUAUACUACGAUUCAGUUUUUAGCUUUUUUAAAGUCAUUAUGUUAAGGUUAACUUGGAAACAUUUAUUAUACGUAAAUAAACAACAAAAUGAAUCUAUUAGGAUAGUUUUGAUUAAUAAAUGGUUAAAGAUACUUGAUGAGUUUGUGACGUUCUUUUAUUUAAAAAAUGAUGACUAUGUGUGUAUGAUAAAAAAUUCAAUUAAUGGNUUAUGUGUGUAA